CGGGAAAUUGUAGUCAUUGGUUCUGGUGGAUCGCUAUAGAUAAUAUCUCGCCUUCUGGCUCUCUGUGUGAGUCGCAAGACUUGAAAUGUUUUAUGGUUUGCAAUAUUAUCAUCGCUAGCGGGCGAGUGUGCAUUUAGUAGCUCAUCUAGGCCUGGCAGAUCUUGGUCGAGAGCAUUAUGACCAACGAUAUCGGUUGCUAAGCUAGCUAAGCUGCUGGCAGUCGACGGUUUACGUGACCGUGAUGGGACCAAAGAGGCUGUAGCUAUAUCUAGCUCAUCAUGUUCACUCUGGGUGGCUGCAAAGCUGCCGUCAUCCGUUCUAUUGGUUCCUGGCGGCAUACCAUCACCUGGGCUGUACUGAUCAAGGUUUUCGUCCGGUAGAGCUCCUGCUGGUUGAUGUCUUCCUCCCAUGUCAGUUGGUAAUUUCAUGGGUUUAACUCCAAGUUGUGGGAAAAACUUUCUGUAAUAUACGUUAUCAUAAGAAUAGGGAUAUUGCUGCUGCGGCCUCCUUUGCCGUAAAGAAUGCGUAUGGCGGGACGACGUAGCCGCUGUGGCUUCCCAAUGAGUAUCAUGCUGUCUAAACUCAGUUCUCUGAGCCGUCGCCGAGGCAUUUGACGAUAUCGAAGGUGAUGAGGCAGACGUGUUAAUGCCGUCAUCUUGGGCUGUUGCUGUACUUCUGAAUUUAGGGCUGGAGGCGUCCAAUGUACUAUGGCUAUUGCGGGAGACAUUGUCGUCUACAGUGAAAACAGCAGAUGGGGGAUUUGUUCCUGCUUUCUCCAGAGGCGAUGGCUGAACCUGAUUCUCAACAAUAUCCUCCGUUCGAGAUGGCGAAGUGUUUAGAAGCUGGUUCCAUUCUCGCAAAUCUGGUCUCGACGACACUGGAGACGACUUCGAUAUAGGGACGCGACUCUGCUCGUCAUCAUCAGACCCGGGGAAAUCCCAUAUACUUUCAGCAACUUGAUUAUUCGAGACUGGGGCCUUCGUUGCAAAUUGCGUCGACAAAAUGGCUGGCGAUUCAUCAUCGCUUGAGAAGUCGCCCUCGUCUUCAGAAUCUGCUACUUCACCACGCUCUCUCCAGUCAGACAUUGUCAGAAAACAUUGCUUCCAUGAGGCGAGAAACGUGAAUGCAUCGCGCCUAUGUCAACGAUACUUAAACAGUCGCAGUGGAGGAAAUGGCUCCAAGCCUGUCGAAGACUCAGCGGAUCAUGGCGAUGAGCUUGAAAACCAAACCGGUACAGAAUCAUCUGGUGGACGCUGGAGGGGACAUGCGGCUGGGCCUACAAGGACACGCCAGCAACGAAAGAAACAAGUGACUGCUCUGCCACCAGUUGAAUUAUCGCAAACGUUUCUUCAGAAUAAUCUAUCACUCUACGCAGCCCAGGGACGGCCACAGCUUCCUAUUGCGCUGGCAGAAGAUGCAAGGCAUAAAAAAUUAUUUCAAGCUGUUGCUGAGCAAGGUCCUUCUUUCAAAAAGAAAUAUGAGGCACUGGAGAUAUAUUUCGAGACAGCACUGAGACACCUCUUUGUCCGGAGCGGCGAGCUCGCGAUAGAUCUGGAGAAUUCCCGUUUAGACCAGGAUGACCGAAGAUGGGAAUCUCCGGAGACUAUAGCGCGAGCAGUGCGGAUUGGGGAUAUGAUCAUUGAAUCUUCCAAUUGUCUGAUUGAUUCCCUAUGCCCAACUCGUCAAUUUGAACAUAGCUACCAAGUUCGACCUUUCUGGUGGUCUCACGUUCUUAAAGUUCUUAAAAGUGGUACGACGACUCGCCAUGAUCAAUUCUCCCCACUUGCUGCCUCUAUUUCUUUGGAUGAUCAACUUGAUUUUGCGGAGCGAUAUGAUUAUGCCUUACCGCACAUCAUCGCCGACCUCCCCGCUGAUACGUUUAUUGCCCUACGAACGAUGAUUAACCGCGAACUUUUUGCAUCGCCAUCACCAACGUUCGAUCACAAAACGAGCAAGAGGCCGAUUACAGUAUUUUCGAUGUUUGGAUAUGGGGGAAAAUCAAUAUCAGAAGCAAUAGGGAGACAUUUUGCACACUACAGCGGUGCGGACCUGGUUCACCUGGAUGCGUAUGACCUUUCAGAGCUGGUGGGCAAUUACCUAGGCCAGAAUUGGGCUUAUUCGCGUACACCCCUCUCAAUGCUAGGUUUUAGAGUCGCCGAAUUGAGUGGGAAGAUGGCGCAAAGUCGAGAUGAUACGCCACUGGAGAGCCAAGAUGAAGAAUCCGAUGCGGAAGUUGGCAUCGCCCCGGGUAGUUCGAGCCCUUCAGCCGUGGUGGAGGAGCUUCAGAAGUUACGUCAAGGAGAAUAUGAAAGUUUUAGUAAAUGGGAAAACCUCAAGAUUGACAAAAUUUUGGAUCAAAUUAUUCGAUCCGCAGGUGUUGGAUCUACACAGCCUCGCACACGACCGGUAUUAAUUCAUAUUCACGACAUAGUUGAACUGAGCAUGACGAUUGAGGGGUCUCUCCUGAUCAGCCGGCUGCGAGCCCUCGCUGAUAUUGCUUGGCAACAAGGGCUACCAAUUGCUCUAUUUGGAUCAUCUUCUUGCGAGCAGCCGUCGGAAGAGUAUCGAAAUGCUAUCAAAGAAUUCGCCACGAACGACUUUGUUGUCACUCGUCAUAUUCAGCCAGAUUUCAUCGAACAGUAUACUGCACCCAAAGGAAAUGUUCGAACUCAGGGGUCGUCAUUCCACCUACAAAAAGCUGAUUAUCUCGCUGAAAAUGUCAAUAACAUUGCUCGUAUGUUAAGAGCAUUGGAUCCCGAAGCAUCGCCAGAGGUAGCUGGCUUGUCAUUUGAGUCUGUUUUAUCAUAUCUGCGUUCCUCAAAUCCCAGAUAUUCCAUACUACAAAACUCAAUUCUCCCAGCACCAGAAAUUUAUCAUCUGGCAUGCGCCUUCAAAUUGCAGGAACGCCCCAAGUUUAGCCCCGGUAGCAGCAUGCCCUCCGGUUUCUUAGAACGGUUUGCUUUAGGCCAUCUGCAACAGUGGCCCGGAGAUUCACUUUCCAACGAAGAUGCUGUUGAGAGUGACAUGCUUAAUGGCGUUACAAGGGACGAUCAUAGCACAACGGAAAGCCGAGCCGCAAUGAAAUUGAAUGAAUACGAGAAAAGAAUAGCUUCUGGCCAAAUCAACCGAGAAAAUCUUCGGACAACAUUCGCAGAUGUUCAUGCUCCGCCCGAAACUAUAUCUGCUUUGAAACUUCUCACAUCACUUUCCCUCGUGCGACCAGAUGCAUUUUCUUAUGGUGUUUUGGCGCAAGAUAAAAUCUCUGGUUGCCUCUUGUACGGACCUCCUGGAACUGGUAAAACUAUGCUCGCAAAGGCAGUGGCUAAAGACAGCGGCGCCAAUAUGCUCGAAGUCAGCGGUGCCUCUAUCAAUGAUAAAUGGGUCGGAGAGAGUGAAAAGCUCAUUCGCGCGGUGUUUACCUUGGCUAAAAAACUGACACCCUGCGUUGUUUUCAUCGAUGAAGCGGAUUCUUUACUGGCUAGUCGAAGUAUGUUUGCUAACCGGGCGUCUCAUCGUGAGCAUAUCAAUCAAUUUCUCAAGGAGUGGGACGGUAUGGAAGAGACAAAUGCUUUUAUAAUGGUUGCGACAAAUCGCCCUUUUGACUUGGACGAUGCUGUUUUGCGGCGAUUGCCACGAAAGAUUCUUGUCGAUCUUCCUCUCGAGAACGAUCGACGGGCCAUCUUAGAACUACUACUCAAAGACGAGAUUCUGGAUGAAUCUGUCUCUUUGGAUGAAUAUGCACGUCGGACACCAUACUAUUCAGGAUCUGACCUCAAGAAUAUGUGCGUUGCAGCUGCAAUGGCGGCAGUGGAAGAAGAAAACGAGGCUGCGGCCAAACACAAAGAGUCUACCCCAUUCCAAUAUCCCGAAAGACGAAUCCUUCGCAAAUCUCAUUUUGACAAGGCCCUGAAGGGCAUUCCUGCAAGCAUUAGCGAGGAUAUGAUAUCUCUAAAACUGAUACGCAAAUUUGACGAGGAAUAUGGCAACAGAAAAAGAAGCACCGCCAAGUCAGCCAUGGGUUUUGGAUUUGUUGAAGACAAGCGCCAUGCUUCUGUUAGAUGAUGAAUUACCCAUCUAAAGGCGAUGAGACCAGUAUAUUAUUACGGGGUAUUAUUACCAGCAUAUAAAACUCCAGAUGAUCCAAAUUUUGUAGUUUCGGUAGUGAUGCUGCAUCAUGGCAGAGUGACUCGGCUGGACCUAGCUCUGGAAUGCUGGUGCGGCAAGCAUAAAAGCAAAGCAAACAUUUGUAAAAGAGGCAUACAAUUGCCAACCUCGUCAACUGCAGGGCCCAAAUGUUAUAUGCGGCUCCAGUGCUAGCCUAUGGCAUCUUUGAGCUCCCAUCUUUAAUCUACCGCCCUUCGCAUGAAAUGCCAGGCUCUGACGAGCUCACUAGGGGAGAAGACAUAGAAUUUAUUUACGCAUUCUCCGUUGAUAUUUGGAUAUUUUCUUCUCCCAGUGCCUUGGAAUAAGAGUCCUGUGCUCGCCGUAGUGCAUCUAGCGUUGGCUGCAUUAUUUUGGAGACAGCAUCACGGCCGCCGCCCACCAUGUCUGGCUUCCACCGGAUCUUCUUUCCUGUGCGUUCAAAGUGGCUACGGAUCUCUUGCUUGCGCUUCUGAAUGAUGUUGUCGCGCUCAGCCUCAGCCUCGUCAGCUACGGCCUGGAUGCGCGUUGUGGACCUUGCUAGCGAUUCAGCCAAAUAUUGAACCUCCAUCGCCCGAUCAGGAUCGCCAGAAAGAAAACCAUCCCAAAACUGGUGAAGGAACUCAAUGGUUGUGGCAUGAGUAAGCGCGGAUUUUUCGGAAAUUUGGGAGGGGAUUCCCAUCGGGGAGGAAUCAUCUGAGGCGCCCCCGUAUUUUUGGGAGCGUUGUUGGUAUAUACCGGCCAUG